CUGUGGCACGCAACGUGCUAUAUGAUAGCUAUCUACUCGCUUAAUACUGAUUGUAUGAACGUGAGCCACAGCACUUGUUGUAGCGCAAACAUCAUCCGCUCGUUUUGUAUCCACACUGCAACUACCCCAUUCAGCCAUGCAAGCUAAAGCACUACUUCAUAGCCAGCGAAAUGCGCUCGCUGUGAGGCGCAGCGCUUGCUCGCAGCGCUUUCAGCUUUCACCGAGCUCAUGCCCAUACCGCGUCGCUGGCCCCGCUCGCGGUGGCGUCGCUUGCAGUAGCAACAGUGACAAUAACGGAACGAAAGAGGGAGGGGAGCGCAAGGGCGACACUGCAAUUUUGCUGGCGAUGGGUGCGCUGGUGCUUGCGGGUGCCGUGACUGUGGGGCUGUCUGACCCGGCCGUGGAGGACGCGGUGGAGGACCUGAUUUACAACACAAACAUGCUGUCGGGCAGCGGCUUCGGUCCAGCCGACACGUUGGCGGGCCUGCUGUGGGGCGUGAGCCUCUUCUACGCCUCGCCGCUGCAGCAGCUGCUGUUGUUCCUGGGGAAGAUCGAGACGCAGCGGCCAAGCGACUGGAUCAUUAUGGUGCUGGCGCGCGGGCCGCUGGGACUCCCCAUCACGGACGUGAACGAGGCGCCGGGCUGGCUGAGUGGCGUGGCGGCGGGCGUGUGCCUGGUGUCGGGACUGGCCAUCAGCGCCGUACUGCAGGCGGGACUGGGCGACAGCAUCUGGGCGCUCAGCACCGGCACGGGCGCGUGCCUGGCGGCGGGCGUGUACGAGGUGGGCCGGCCCAAGCGUAUGAACCGCGCGGAGGCUCAGGAGCUGGACGAGCAGUGGCGCGACUUCGUGGGCUGGGCCAACGGGCGCCUGGUGCGCAGCGGCCGCUGCCACGAGUCGGAGAUUCAGACCGCCUUCCGCAAGCAGUUCCCUCGCUACCGCAGCCAGGACGCGCUGACGGACGCCACCCUCCGCUCGCUGGUGCGCAACUGGGCGCCUGAGGUGGACCGCACGCCCAACGGCUUCUACCGCGGCGUCAGCCUCAGACCCCGGGUCAACGAGUUCACGGGCCAAGUGGAGGGCGGCAGCGGCGCCUCCACUCCGGUCGCGUCCCGUGACCCCUCCCCGACCUCCAGUGUGGAUGGGGAGCCAGUGGCGACGGCGGCUGGCGGCGGCGCGCAGCAGCCUUGAGCGAUGCGAGGAGCGGCAGGGUGUGCCAGGGUUUGUUGGGGCCGCGUUUGGGGACGACCAGGCGAGAAAUCGAAGUCGAUGUCAAGAGUUCAGAAGGCAGGAAACGUGUCUUACUGAAAGUCG